GACUUGGCCUGGCAUGUAAAUAAUCUCUUUCGCUCAUUUCAGUGUUUCUUUCUAGCUACUUGAAGAUGACCGGAAACUUGAACGGCAGUGGAAGAGGAGAAGGACCGUGCGGGGCAUGCAAGUUCUUGAGGAGGAAGUGUGUGAGUGGAUGCGUUUUCGCUCCUUACUUCGAUGCGGAGCAAGGGACUGCUACGUUUGCAGCAGUUCACAAAGUGUUUGGAGCAAGCAAUGCCUCUAAGAUGUUGCUGAGACUGCCUUUGCACAAGCGGCUUGAUGCCGUCGCCACGCUCUGUUACGAGGCUUUGGCUAGGCUCCGUGAUCCUGUUUAUGGUUCCGUUGGCCAUCUCUUCUCUCUUCAACAUCAGGUGAUGAAUCUACAAGCUGAGAUUGCUCAUGUUCAAGCUCGUCUUUCAACGUUUCAGCGUUUCUCUGUAAUCCCUACACAACAGAUGCAGCAGCCACCCUUCGAUCUGGCGCAUAACAAUGAAUAUCCGAUGGAUUUUGUGUGGGAAGAAGAACAAUUACAUCAAGCUGGAAAUGAAGAUGGUGAACUGGCGAUGCAGUUCGUUCCUAAGUAUUUACCAUCAGUCAAACUUCCGGCUUGCACUUCCGGUUAGGUCAAACCGCAAGCCAGGCUUAUGUUGGAAAUAAAGUUAGCGAGUUUUUAUAUUCUUCAUAGUUG